CGGCUCACAACGGAAGCGUCGUGUGUUCCCUUGCAUUAGCCUCACGGCUAUGUGGCUUUGAACGGUUGUUGGUGGUUAGAGUGAUUGGAAAUCUCAUUAUUUGAGUGAACAGUGAAAUUAUCCUUCGUUCUGUCGCACGGGCAACAGCCAUCCAUUAAAAAGAUGGCAAGAGUGUGUGCAUUUACAAUAUUACUGGCAAUUGCUGCCCUUACUGGUACAGCAAUUGGCCAAAACCAAGAACGCGUGUGUGCCCUUUCACGGUAUAUCUCCGAGUGUGAACAGCUGCAGCGCGGUCAAUCCGAUGUCAUCUGCGUACCGGUACAGGAUAGUGUCGAGUGCGCGCAACGUAUCCGCAACGGGACGGCCGAUUUCGGUGUAUUUAGCGCGGAAAGCACCCUGCUAGUGGCCAGUUUAGGAUGGGAAGGUUUGACCGUCAUCAAGGAGAUACGCAGCGCGGAACGUGCACGUGAAUUGUUGGACUUCCAGUCGGCGGUCGUUGUCCGCAGUCGCCAUACGGGAGGGUUGGAUGGACUGCGAGGACUCCGGUACUGCCAUCCGGGCUUUCAGUACACUCGUACGCAACGCUGGACCGAGCGAGUACUGAAGCACUUCGAACGGCUCGUCGUACCGGCAACCUGCGAGGAAGGACUACACACCGCCACCGAGAUCGAGACGGCCGGGUUGGCGAACUUCUUCGGUGCUUCCUGCCGUCCCGGACUCUGGUCGCAGAUACCCAAGGAAGAUGCACGACUUAAGGAUAAGUAUGCUAGCCUGUGCUCGCUGUGCCCGAAUCAGACCUUCUGUUCGUACGAUGGUUCCAUCGGUAGCCAUCAAGCAGCACUUCAGUGCCUGGAGCGUGAUGCGGAUGUCGUGUACGCCUCCGUACAGGAGAUUCAACAUUUCUUCGAAAGCCGUACCGCAAUGAAGAACGAUUACUCCUUCCUCUGCCCCGAUGGUUCACUGCGACCAAUCGAUGGUCCGGUCUGUGCCUGGGUAAUGCAACCAUGGGGUACCAUUAUCUCUACCUCUGCCAAGGCAGUCCAGAUAUCGACGCGUGUGGAUGGAUGGAUGCGCAGCAAUGAUUUCAGUCCUUCGCCGUGGGAAGAAGCCAUCAUUCAGAUAUUGACACGCCACAACACGGAGCGAUUGGCCCCGGUGAGCUCAAUUCAGGCUCCGGUUGAUUAUGUGCGACCACACCGACCACUGCCGAUCGCGUCGGACUUUUGCGGUACCACUGCUCGCUGGUGCACCACCUCGCUGGAAGAAAAGGACAAGUGUGAUGUGCUGGCGAAGGCUGCCCUUACGGCCGGAGUCGUGCCUCAUCUCGAAUGCAACAAUCCAACCACGAACCGGAUCGCCUGUCUGCGUGAGAUUGCCGGUCAGCGGGCGGACUUUGCCGGUAUUGAUUCCAAUUACGGUUUUCUGGCACGCCAGUCCAACCUGGCUGCCGCACUGUACCAGGAGACGGACAAGGAGAAGUACUCCCGGGUGGUAGUGCUCGUUCAUGAGGGUAAAGAGCACGACAGGUUCGAGAGGUUGCGCAACUCAAAGGCUUGCUUCCCGGAGUUUGGUGGAAUCGCUUCGGUUGCUUUCGUAAACGUUGGACGCUCGCGAGGUAUAUUCGAUCGCAACGAGUGUGAUUAUGGCCGGCUGAUGAGUGACUUCUUUGACGAAUCGUGUGCACCAGGAUCGCGGGACGAUUUACACGAUCCGCAUGGCGAGAGCUCGGAGAAAUUGUGUGAUCUGUGCAAAUAUGCCGAGAGGCCCGUAAUGUACGCUGUUUCGGCAGAUGAGAUCGAAGGUAGUGCAGAACAUCCCGAGGAACCACCGGUUGAUGGUAUCGAUUCGGGACUGCGCCCCCGAGUGGAUGCUGGUAUUGCAAACGAUCCUAAUCUGCCCUGUGCGGCCAGUGACUCGAACCGGUACUAUGGGACGCGCGGUGCGUUGCGCUGCCUCCAGGAGGCCGGCGAUGUGGCAGUGAUCGAAGCGCAAAACUUGGCCGAUCAUGCCCGCUUCCUCGGUAUGAACGCGAGUGACUAUCGGGUGCUGUGCCGCAACGGUUCACUAGCUGCCAACACCGGAUUCACGGUGGACGAGGAAUGCUUCCUCACGACGAUCGUCGAUGGAGAGAUUGUGGUGCGCCGCCAGUGGGAAAAGACGGACAACGUUAUCCACGCACUCAGUUCGCUCGAUCAGUACCUGCAGAACGAUCCCGAUUUCCGGAUGUACAACAUCUUCGGUGGAGUGAAGGAUCUGCUAUUUGAAGACUCGGCCCUCGGUCUAGUGUCGCCCCAGCACGCCGAGCUCGGUACCGCGGUACAGAAUUAUAUCCGACUAUUCGAGAACAUCGAGGACUGUCAGAAUGCGGCCCCAUCGACGACGCUCGCACCGGGCGGUACUGGUGGACGGGCCGCCAUCAUGACGGUUAACGUUCUUCUUACCAUUCUGCUCGCCGGUAUCAUCGCCUGGCGGCUAUAGGAUCAGCUGGCUCAACUGAUACACCAAGUCGCUUGAUCGUCAAUUGAAAGGAAUCCAUUUUAUAAGACGAUCAUUACAUUAAGAGCAAUCCUGCCGUAAUACAUUUCCACUCCAUAAGAUACCUCAAUAAAGGUUUGCUGUCUUGAUUCCAAAAGAUUCCCAAACUAAUGCAUCUUAUAUUUUUCAUGAAGCAGAUUAGCUAGAAACUGUCGUAAGUAUUUAACGAAACCGCAUGAUAAUAAAAGAAAUCGAGAAGAAAAUUAAACAGAAUUAUAAA